CCUCCAUUUUCGUCGUCCGCAGCCUUUCUUUCAUCUUCAUUCUCAGAUCUCAGAUCUCAUUUUCAGAUCCAAAACAAUGGCUCUCCUCGUCGAGAAAACCACUUCCGGUCGUGAAUACAAGGUCAAGGACAUGUCUCAAGCCGACUUCGGUCGUCUCGAGAUCGAACUCGCCGAGGUUGAAAUGCCCGGUCUCAUGUCCUGCCGUACUGAAUUCGGUCCUUCUCAACCAUUCAAGGGUGCAAGAAUCACCGGAUCUCUUCACAUGACCAUCCAGACUGCCGUCCUCAUCGAAACCCUAACCGCACUUGGUGCUGAAGUCAGAUGGUGUUCAUGCAACAUCUUCUCGACUCAGGACCAUGCUGCUGCUGCUAUUGCUCGUGAUUCGGCUGCUGUGUUCGCAUGGAAGGGUGAAACUUUACAGGAGUAUUGGUGGUGUACUGAACGUGCUUUGGAUUGGGGUCCUGGUGGUGGACCAGAUCUGAUUGUUGAUGAUGGUGGUGAUACUACUCUUCUUAUUCAUGAAGGUGUUAAAGCUGAGAUUGAGUUUGAAAAGACUGGUGCUUUUCCUGAUCCCACUUCUACUGAUAAUGCGGAGUUUCAGAUUGUUCUUUCUAUUAUCCGUGAUGGGUUGAAGGUUGAUCCCAAGAAGUACCAUAAGAUGAAUGAGAGACUUGUUGGUGUUUCUGAAGAGACCACCACUGGUGUCAAGAGGCUUUACCAGAUGCAGUCGAAUGGAACUCUCUUGUUCCCUGCUAUCAAUGUCAAUGACUCUGUCACCAAGAGCAAGUUCGAUAACUUGUAUGGUUGCCGUCACUCUCUCCCUGAUGGUUUGAUGAGGGCUACUGAUGUUAUGAUUGCCGGAAAGGUAGCUGUGAUCUGUGGUUUCGGAGAUGUUGGAAAGGGUUGUGCUGCUGCCAUGAAACAAGCUGGUGCCCGUGUGAUUGUUACUGAGAUCGAUCCAAUCUGUGCUCUUCAAGCACUGAUGGAAGGUUACCAGGUCCUAACACUAGCGGAUGCUGUCUCAGAUGCUGACAUCUUCGUGACCACCACAGGAAACAAGGACAUCAUCAUGUUGAGCGACAUGAAGAAGAUGAAGAACAACGCAAUCGUGUGCAACAUUGGUCAUUUCGACAAUGAAAUCGACAUGCUUGGACUUGAGACAUACCCAGGAGUGAAGAGGAUCACAAUCAAGCCACAGACAGACAGGUGGGUGUUCCCUGAUACCAAGACUGGUAUCAUCAUCCUUGCUGAGGGUAGGUUGAUGAACUUGGGUUGUGCUACUGGACAUCCUAGCUUUGUCAUGUCUUGCUCGUUCACAAACCAGGUGAUUGCUCAGCUUGAGCUGUGGAAGGAGAAGGAUACAGGAAAGUAUGAGAAGAAGGUUUAUGUUUUGCCCAAGCAUCUUGAUGAGAAGGUUGCUGCUCUUCAUUUGGCUAAGCUUGGGGCUAGACUGACCAAGUUGAGCAAGGACCAGGCUGAUUACAUCAGUGUGCCUGUUGAGGGUCCAUACAAGCCUCCACACUACAGGUACUAGGUUGAAGAUGAAUCGAUCGAUGAAGAAUGAAUGGGUAAGAGAAGACCCUUCUUUUGGUUUUUCAUCCUUGAUUCGAACUAGAACAAUUCAUAUCCAGUUUUUUUUUUUUGCUUUUUUUCUUUGAAUUUUGCUUUAUGAAGGUUGUUUGGGUUGUUGGGUUAUGGAAAAUUUGGUCUCUUUUUUUUGGUUUAAAAAGAGGACCGAACAUGAAGGGAAUGGUGGCAGAAUAAGGUUCAGAGUUGUUUUGCUUGUGUCGGUUGGUAUUAUUAUUAAUUAAUUUUGCACUUUUUCAA